AUGGAUGUUAUAUCUGAUGUUCAAAACAAGACAUUGGUCUCUCUGAUGACCCUAGUAACACAAUUAACGGACAUAUGUCUUAAACCAUUAGGCCAAUCCUCUCUAGUGUCCCAAAUUAUUGGAGGAAUGUUGUUUGGCCCUUCAGCUUUAGGGCACAUAAAGGUUAUACACCAUUUGUUGUUCCCGGUAAAGGGUUCUGUUGUGCUUGAAACAGUUUCAUAUUUUGGGCUCAUGUUCUACUACUUCUUAUGGAGUGUUAGAUUAGACCUUUUCACUGUGUUGAAGACAGAAAGGGUAGCUUUGGUUCUUGCUAUAUCUGUAUCCAUAUUUUCAUUGGUUAUCCCUACGGGACUCUCAUUCCUGUUGAAGAACUAUGUUGCAAUGGAAAAACAAGUUGCAGAGGCACUUCCAUAUAUUGGUAUCUCACAAACCUAUACUAUAUUCAUUAGCAUAGCAGUGCUCUUGACGGAUCUGAAAAUCCUGAAUACUGACAUAGGACGAUUAACCAUAUCAGUAGCUAUUCUUACUGAUAUGACUGGCUUCUUUAUGUCAGCAGUUACUUUUUCAAUAACGCGGUGUACGGAGGGUGAUAUUUUGACAAUAAUAUAUUCUAUUCUAUCCUCAGCUUUAUACGUGCUUCUUAUUAUAUGUGUCAUGAGGCCAACCAUACUUUGGAUGGUAAAGAACCCGGGAAAAGGUUCAACUAAUGAAAUUUGCGUUGUUUGUAUCUUUAUCUGCGUUAUCCUUUCUGGAUUUAUGAGUGAAGUAAUCGGACAACAUUUUUCCAUGGGACCAAUACUUUUAGGGCUGUCUCUUCCAGAAGGGCCACCCAUAGGAACAUCUAUGAUGAAAAAACUGGAGACAAUGUGUAUGGCUUUCCUUAAUCCAAUCAGUCUAGCUGUUAACGGAUUGCUGGUUGAUAUAUUCAACAUAGACAUGGAUUCUCUGUGGAGUAUCUGCAUCAUUCUAGUUGUCGGUUUUUUUGUAAAGAUUGGUGCUAUCAUGUUGCCGGGAUACUAUUUGAAUCUAUCCAUGAAAAAAUGUUGGAUCAUUGGUCUCCUUCUAAAUGGAAAGGGUAUAUGUGAGCUUGUCUUCUUCAAUAUGUGGUUGGGAAGUGAGGUAAUAAAUGAAGACCAGUUCUCUAUCAUGGUGAUCUCUGUUAUAUUAGUAAACGUUAUCUUAGUAACAGUCGUAAAAUUCAUAUACGACCCUUCAAAACCGUAUGAUAAUGUAAGAAGAUGCACAAUUCAGCAUACUAGAGGAGAUUCUGAGCUCCGAAUUAUGGUGUGCAUUGACAACAAGGAAAACCUCCCUACAAUCCUCAACCUGUUAGAAGCCUCCUAUGCUGGUAGAGAUAGCAUGAUUGAGGUUACAACGCUAGUCCUAGUUGAGCUUCAAGGAAGAGCAAGACCUAUUCUUGUGUCUAACCAAUCCCAUGAGAGUACACAUGGAGUCGUAUACGAGUCAAAUCAAAUCGACAACGCGUUGAGGCAAUACGCACAACAAAAUGAAGAACAUGUCUCCAUUAAAUCUUACACUUCAAUCUCCUUGUUUGAAACGAUGCAUGAUGAUGUUUGUAGAAUAUCACUAGAAAGCGGGGCCAACAUUUUGAUCAUGCCGUUCCAUAAGAGGUGGGAAAUUGAUGGCACUGUUGAGGUUGCACAUAGGUCCAUCCGAGCCAUGAACAUUAAAGUCCUCCAAAAGGCACCAUGUUCUGUGGGAAUUCUAGUCGACAGGGGCAUCUUGGGAGCCUCUCCUUCACUCUUGGGGGCAAGAGAACCGUACUAUGUUGUCGUGUUUUUCAUUGGUGGUGCAGAUGACGUGGAGACACUGGCUUAUGGCGCUAGAAUGGCUAGGCAUGAGUGUGUGUGUGUAACUGUGGUUAGGUUUCUUCUAUUUGGUGAGGAAAAUUCUAAGGACAGAAAACGUGACAGUGAUCUUAUAGAUGAAUAUAGAUACCACAAUGCUGGAAAUAACAGGUUUGAGAUUUUGGAUGAAGUUGUGAAAGAUGGGAUAGAUAUGUCUAUAUGCAUAAGAAGAUUAGUGGAUUAUUUUGACCUUGUGAUGGUGGGAAGAAGACAUGCACAUAAUGCUAUGCUUCAAGGACAUGAUAGUUGGAGUGAGUGUGAAGAGUUAGGGGUUAUUGGGGACAUGCUCGCAUCACCAAAUUUUGUGACCAAGGCUUCAGUGUUGGUGAUACAACAACAAAGAAUAAGAGGGAGAGUUAUUAAACCUGGUGUGAAUUUGAAUCAGGUGCCAAAGGAUCAACCCAUGCAUAAUGUUCCAACUAAUAACAACACAUUAAGUCCUUCAUGUACUAUUUUGGUGGACAAGCAUGAUAAAAUGUAA